GCGUUUCUUUGUUCCCCCUCACCUCUUCUCUUUCCGCCCCAUUCCAUUUUGUACCACUACUUUUCCACCUAUAUAAAUACAACACAACACAAACCCAACCUCCAACAACAAAUUAAAACACUCACUCUCUCAACAAUGGCUCUGUUUCUCUUCCUCUUCUCCUUUUUUCUACUCUCUGUUAACCCCUCAGUUCAGUCCAACACUACCAACAACCCAAAACCACUCUCACUCUCUUUCCCUCUUACAUCACUUCCUCUUUCUACCAACACCACCUCAAAACUGCUCUACACCUCUCUGUUUUCAUCUUCUAAACACACCACCCCACAUUUCAAAACACCACCAUCUUCAUCAUCACAACACAGUGACAGGUUCUCUUUGAAAUACUCCAUGGCUCUCAUAGUGUCUCUCCCCAUAGGGACCCCACCACAGGUUCAACAAAUGGUGCUCGACACUGGAAGCCAGCUGUCAUGGAUUCAGUGUCGUCAUCAUAACCGAAACGCGCCUCCUCCAACGGCGUCGUUUAACCCUUCUCUCUCUUCCACUUUCUCUAUCCUCCCAUGCUCUCACCCUCUCUGCAAACCGCGAAUUCCCGAUUUUACCCUCCCAACCUCCUGCGACCAGAACCGCCUCUGCCACUACUCUUACUUCUACGCCGACGGGACCUACGCCGAGGGCAAUCUCGUCCGGGAGAAAUUCACCUUCUCUCGUUCCCGUGUUACCCCUCCCCUCAUCCUCGGUUGCGCCACUGAGUCCACCGAUGCCAGGGGCAUUUUGGGAAUGAAUCUCGGACGGUUAUCCUUCGCCUCACAAUCCAAGAUCACGAAAUUCUCAUACUGCGUCCCUUCCCGGAAUACCCGACCCGGAUCAGUCCCGACCGGGUCGUUCUACCUCGGCAACAACCCGAGCUCAAGCGGGUUCAGGUUUGUCUCGAUGCUGAGUUUUCCUCAGCGUCAGCGCAUGCCGAACCUUGAUCCCUUAGCCUACACCGUCGCGCUGCGGGGGAUAAGCGUCGGCGGGAAGAAACUUCCCAUCUCUCCGGCGGUUUUCACGGCGGAUGCCGGCGGGUCGGGUCAGACAAUGGUUGAUUCCGGAUCCGAGUUCACGUACUUGGUUAGCGCAGCAUAUGAUAAGGUGCGGGAGGCAGUAGUGAGGGCUGUGGGCUCCAGGAUGAAGAAGGGGUACGUGUACGGUGGGAUAGCUGACAUGUGUUUCAACAGUAGAGAUGCGGUUCAGAUCGGACGGUUGAUAGGGGAGAUGGUGUUUGAAUUUGAAAAGGGGGUGGAGAUUGUGGUUCCAAAAGAGAGGGUGCUUGCUGACGUGGGAGGUGGGAUCCACUGCAUUGGGAUUGGGAACUCUGAUAAAUUGGGUGCGCCCAGUAACAUUAUAGGGAAUUUUCAUCAACAGAAUCUGUGGGUUGAGUUUGAUCUGGCCAAUCGUAGAGUGGGUUUUGGUAGAGCUGAUUGUAGCAGAUUGGCUAAGUAGAGAGGAGAGUAAAAGAUUUGGUAGGUGAUGGUGCAUGUUGCCUUCAUGUGUCUGCUUGAGCAAAAUUAUUGAUGAGGAAAAUGUGAUCAUUGAUCAUCAGUGCGAUGAUAGUGAUGAAAUCCUACGGUCAUGGAUCGAAGUAACGAGACGGUUGUAUAUACGAGGAUUAGAUGUUAUGUAUCAAAUUUAUUUUAAUAUUAAUGUUAUUAUAUGAUUUUUUGAAGAAA